AUGGGUAUCCCAGGUCUCAUCAACGCUAUUGGCUCGGGGGAGCGCAUUUCUCUGUCCAAAUUAGCCAUCACACAUUUGGAGCGCACCGCAAGGCCCAUCCGUGUCGCAGUCGAUAUUUCCAUCUGGCUGUUCCAAGUCCAAGCAGGGCGCGGGGGCAAGAACCCCGAGCUGCGCACACUAUUCUACCGACUAUUAAAGUUCCUGUCUUUGCCUAUUCACCCUCUUUUCGUGUACGACGGGCCUCACAAGCCCCCUUUCAAGAGAGGCAAGGCGGUCUCCGCACGCAGCUACGGCAAUGCGCCCAUCAUUAGGCGGUCCAAGGACCUGAUCGAGCGGUUCAAAUUUCCUUGGCAUGAUGCUCCCGGCGAGGCGGAGGCUGAAUGUGCGCGCUUGCAACGCGCUGGCAUCGUGGAUGCGGUGAUGAGCAAUGAUGUCGACACCUUGAUGUUUGGGUCUUCUUUGACGAUUAUGAAUUUCUCCAAGGAGAGCGGCAGCGGGACUUCUGCCUCCACCCAUGUCACCUGCUAUGGCAUGGGGAAAGAGGGAUAUCCCUCAAAUGUGCCCCUAGACCGAGCGGGCAUGAUCCUGUUCGCUAUGCUCAGCGGAGGCGAUUACCUACCAUCUGGGGUGCCCAAGUGCGGGAGCAAAUUGGCGGCAGAGAUUGCCAAGGCCGGCUUUGGUGAAGAUCUUUUACAAGAGAUCACUUCGCAUGGUGCAGAUUUAAGUUUGAGAUUGAACGAGUGGAGAGAACGGCUGCAGUACGAGCUGGAGGAAAACGAGAGUGGCUACUUCGCGACCAAACACAAAGCUGUCCGGAUUCCAGAGACAUUUCCUGAUCAGACGAUACUCGAAUUUUAUGCCGAGCCGAAGGUGUCCGGUGAGGAAGAAAUGGCUUCCUUGAAGCGCAAGCUGCGGCAUGCGUGGGAUCGAGAAAUCAAUCCUUGGGAUAUCAGAGUAUUCGCCGCCGACAAUUUUGAGUGGAACUACCGUUCGGGUGCAAGGAAAAUUAUCAAGCUUCUGGCCGAGCCUCUCGUUUCCUACAGACUCCGUCUUCAGAGACCUGUGUCGACGUUGGCGCCGGGCCAGUCACUGGCCCCCGACUGCGACAUACCCAUGCUACAGAAAGUCUAUAAAAGUCGGGUCAGUUUCGGUACGGAUGGUAUGACAGAGCUUCAGCUGGAUAUGCUCCCCAUCGAUGUUGUCGGCUUGGACCUGUUUGCCGAAGAGCCGAAUCCUCCUCUUCAAUCCCAGGAAACGCUCCCUUCGCAAAGCACAGUUCACUCAGGAGACGAGGAAGAAGACGUAGAGAUGCCUCCUCCUCAAACGCCCACAAAAUCUCGCGUGACAAAGCGAUUUGACCCCUGUGCCUCCGAAAAAGUCUGGGUCUUUGACACGGUGGCUCGACUGGGUCUUCCCGAAGUUGUGAAGAAGUGGGAGAAAGAAGAGGCCGAGAAGGCUCAAAAGGCUGCUUCUCCAAAAAGAAGGCGACCAGUCGACGUACAGGGCCCAGGAAGAAGGGACCCAUCGAUCCGGGAAUGCAGCGAGGAAGCACAUUUGCCAGACGCUGCCGCUUCGACAUCGUCAACUAAGCACAAUCUAUCCAGACCCCAACGCCCAUACUCGCCCCCAGAGUUUGGGGAUGAAGAUACUUUUGCACCCACCAUGUAUUCCUUCCAGGAACCUACAAGUGAAGUGUGCUACUCUUCGCGAGAGGUUAAUGAGGUCUUGAGCACAUUUUCAGGUUUACCUAUCAUGUCACCAACUCCGGGUGUCAAACGCCAUCCUAUGACGAAUCAGAGUCGGGUCAGAACUCGUCGUGGGAUCCUAGGUGGUGGCGGAGUUGAUCUUGAAGAGUUGGAUACGCCUAUUACUGGAAGCGAUGUCUGCCCAUCACAAACUGCUCUUCCCCAGUGGAUCAAAAUGAGCUACUCUGUCUCUCAGCCCCAGGAGACAGGGAAAGCCAUUCUAAAAACGCCUGUUCGUUCUACCCUGACCGGGCAUCGUCCUCGAGAGAAGAAGCAGGGCUGCCCUGAUCGAGAGGAAAGCGUCCAGGUCGAAGAAUCACAAGAGGCUGUCGACUCAUUAUAUUUGUCUCCGAGCAAACAACAUAUUCGUCACAAAAGCCCGGUCCGGCGAAGUUCGCCAAAGAAAGUUCGGACCCCCGAUAUUCUUGUUCCUUCUCCAAGAAACCAGACCGCGGACUUUCUGCCACCUGAGCGGCCAACACGUUUGGCCGAUCAGUCUUGUGCGUCAGGUGCAAGGACUCUGGUGACUACGGCCCAACGGCAGCUACCUUGUGAACAUAUCACGCCAUCGAGUAAUAAGUCAUGCAAAACAAACAGAAAAAAGGCAUCAACACCGAAACCCAAAACAACAUCCAAACGGGCAAACGAUCACUCAGAGCUGCAGACCAUAGGACAUGUUGAAAAUAUCACGACACAGGAUGGCUUUUGGACGGUGGAAGCUGCGGGCUCUGAGGUGGCUGCUGAGUGCAGUUCAGGCGGCGAUCAAGCUAUCCAGAGUAAGAAUGGCAAAGAGGGCAAGAAACGCAUCCCACGAGUUAGCAUUCUUGACCUAAUAUAG